AUGUCGGCCAUUUCUCCAUUCCAUAGAAACAACAGUGCUGACAAUCAGCAGUCUGAACACAAUGAACCAUCUGUCAUACAUCACUCUCCUGAACAUCCCAUUGCAGCACAUGAUUACAGAUCCCAGCAAGCAGCAUCUAAACCAUCGAGUUCAAGCUGGCUGCUUGGUCCUGCAUGGAGUGUGUUUGGAACUUCUGACCCAUCACAAGAAGUGCAAUCUACCCAUGAUAUUGAGUCUGUGCAACAUAAAAUCUCAUCGACAGAGGACAGUAGCUCAUCUUCUCAGACAGAUGCAGACCAUGCUAUUUCUCAAAAACAAACUUCUAAACAAUCGAUGCCUUCAUCCAAGCUAUCAGCACUGUUUAGAACCACUCCACAAUCUCAACCAGUGUAUCAGACUGCCGCACCAUCCUCCCAAUCGCGGCAAAACGAACAUUUAAGCGCUCAUCCGAAUACUGACGAUUCCAGUCCAUUCAUUGAUGCGCUAAAACGGGCACAUCACGAAGGUCAUGAACCUAUUAUUGUUACUACUCCAGCUGCACUUAGGAAGCAAACUCAAAACUUGCAUCGAAAUACUGUUCCAGUUGAGGAGCAUCCACUACAACAGCUAUCUGGUACUAUUUCAACAGACAUGUCUAUGGCAUCUUCAGUUCAAUCUGCUUUAAAGUCUUCCAGUUCACUCAGUCCACUAUCUAACCACUCUGUGGUCAAAUCUCCUGAGAUUGAAUGUGCAGAUAUAUGCCAGUCUGAACAUGAUGCUGUUGGCGGAAUGGUCAGCGCAGUAUCGGAUAGUUUUGUGGAUGCAUUGGAAAGGGGACCGGUUUUUGAAGAUGACGAUUUGUUAUUUUCUGAGCAGGCACCAUUGGAUCUACUCGAAGCCUCAUUUGCCGAAGAUCUUGCUACAGUUGUGCGACCUUCAUUAAUGUCUUUGUCUCUGUCGUCCCUAUCUAGCAUGGAUGGUGCUGCUCUUGUGCAUCCAUCUGGUGUGUCGUCUCCUCAGCAGCGUCAACAUGUGUCUACCAAAAUGCCGACCCCAUUAAAGCAGGUGCUUUCACUUUCGGAUGAACUUGCAUCUCCAACCAAAACUGAAAGCCAUCAUUUAAACAAUCAUAUUGGUGCUUUGUAUGAACGUAGCCGUAGUUUGUCAUUGAGCACACCUUCAAAAUCAAGUUCACCUAUGAAUGCGGAUAUACCACCCAGUUUUAAUUCAAAGCAAACAGAAGCAUCAUCUCAGCAUGCUAUUGAAUCUGAACAUAAACACCACAGGACACCCAUUACGAGUCGAACCUCGCAGAUAUCAGAGUUUGAUCCAAUUGGUACUAUUCCACAGGAUUGGAUGAUGCGGUUUGAAUCGCCUGCAGCGGCUUCUGCCAGUGUGAAAUAUGGCACUCAUGUUUCAUCUACACCAAUACAAUCCUUGCUUGAUGUUGUUGUUCCAAUUUCUACACCCAACAGUAUUUUGAAAUUUUCUCAACGAAAUCUAGACGAACAACGUCAAAGGCUACAGAAAAAUUUUGAAAACGAAUUUGAGGUGGCCCAAUUGGAGAUCCAGGAUUUAACACUCAGUUCACAGAAUUUGGAAAGAGAAAAUCAAAAAAUGAAGGAUACUCUAAAGCAGUGGGAGCAGGCAGUAAAACUUAUGAUCACUGAAAAGGACAAGGACAAACAGCAGAAACAAGCAGAAAUUGACCGUCUCAAGGAGCAGUUGGAUUUGGCGUAUGCCGAACGAAACGAGAGCAAAAAAGAAUUGGAUCAAAUGUCGUUAAAGUAUAAGCAACUGCGAGUGGACAUUUCCGAUUUGAAAGAGUUGGAUGAACGCCAACGUGAACAAAUCAGUGAGCUUGAACAGACUGUCGCUACUGGAAACCAGCGAUUUGAUUCACUUCGUGCUCAUGCAGAGACCAAACUGGACGAAGCCAAUGUUGAGAUUGCUCGUGUCAGGGCAUCCUAUGAGAAGGAAGCGGCUGCCAUGCGAGCCAAAUUGUCUCGUGUAGAAAUCCAAAUGCAAACACUUGAUUGCAAUCUUAAAACCAAAGUGCAGGAAAAUCAAGAACUCACCAAAAUCUGUGACGAUCUUGUCAGUCAAAUGGAAUCUAUAGGUGGCUAAACUCCAAGAUACGUGCAGGUAGAAGCGACGACUUUAUCAUUUUUAAAUGGUGCUGAUCACAUGCAUGGGUUCGAAUUCAUGAAUGUUCCAGCUGUCGUCCUUGAAAACUACCUGUCGAGUGUAGUCGAUUAACUUUAAUAAAUGCUUUCAAAUU